AUGGCCACUACUAACUCGAACAUUACCACAACCGCAACUGCAGAACCCCCGUCCGCAGCAACAGCGGUCGUACAAAGUGGUCCACAAAUCCCAAAGGAUGGUCUCCCUCUCAUGCAUUCAGCUCGCACGCCCCCCGUACUACCAUGGCCAGAUAUUGGACACCUUGCCAAGUGGUCAGUUUCCUCAUACAAAUUUGGGUUUGGUGCAGAGUGCCUCAGAGACGGGGAUCCCGAUACGUUCUGGCAUUCUGACGGCCCCCAGCCUCAUUUUAUCACUGUGGAGUUCCCUCGCAAAGUGGCAAUUCAGAAAAUCAGUAUCUACCUUAGUUGGCCACAGGAUGACUCGUACACCCCAUCAACUCUUGCUAUCCGCGCAGGAACUGGUCCCAGCGACCUUCAAGAUGUACGAGUCGCUACUUUGGAGAAACCGGACGGCUGGAUAACGUUUGAUGUUUCCUCAGAACCUGACGAAGAUGGGAACUCAUUUAAACCUGUACAUGCGUACGUGCUGCAAGUUAUCGUGGUGCAGAACCACAUGAGCGGAAAGGAUACCCACAUACGAGGGCUGCGUGUCCUUGGUCCUCAGGAAGAAGACGCCACUGAUGGCGAUCCUUUCCCCUGGAAGUCACAGGACUUCAAGAUGUACGAAAGACUGCGGUGA